AUGGAGCCGAAUAUUGAUGAUCACCACCAAUAUUACCCUUCUGAAUUAUCAUCAUCAUCAUCAUCAUCAUCUUGUUCUUCAAGCAAAGAUCCUGAAAUUCGAGCAGUGGAGCUUUUGGAGGAUUAUUGGUUUUUUGGCAACUUGCUUAUCAACACAAAUAAGCCAAGGAAUAACAUGUUCGUGAGGUGGUAUUCAGACCCUUGCCCUUCAUCAAACACUUGUCAAGAAGCUCCGGUGGUUAAUGGGACCGAAAGCUCGAGUAAAACUCCGGUAGAAGGCGGCGGUAUUCGACGCGAUAAGUUGGUCAGGACGCCGUCGUUGCAGCCUAAUAUAGUAAGAGAAGAAGGAAGAGGAGGACAUGAAAGACGUCAUAGAGAAAGUGAUUAUAAAGCCAUGAAGCAGAAAGUACAAGUGCAUGAAAGGGAAAUUAGGAGCUGCAGCAGAUCAAAGAGCAACACAAAUUCGCAGCAGCCGCCUCGGAAUAAUUUGCUAACAAGGGCACAAACUUUGCCACCAUUAACAUCUAUUAGGAAGGUGGAGAUGAAUCAAGAUCAUCAUGAUCAGGAAACAACUAACGAGAAGAUCAUGACCAAAUCUAGCCUCCAGGCAUCUCUUAACCUUGCUGAUAUCUUGCCUCCGAGACAUAACAAGGGCAGUUCAAGGUAUAGGUCACCAAGGACCGCAGGGUUACUUGAAGAUAUCAACACAGAUGGGUCCAAAGAAAUGAGGCGCAGGUAUUUUAAAGGAAGGAAUUUAGGAAGAAGCCUAAGUGAGCUUGAAAUUGAAGAAGUUCAAGGAUUUAAGGACUUGGGAUUCAAGUUUGACAACAAAGACUUGUUAAGUCCUAAUGUGGUAAACAUUCUUCCUGGCUUGCAAGAGAGAAAGGAAGAGGAUAUGGGCCUACAAAAUAAGGUCAGAAGGCCUUAUCUUUCUGAGGCAUGGAUGGCCCAAAGUGCUCCUCCUACUCCAAAUUGGGCUGCAAGCAGGUCCUCUCAAGAAAUGAAGGCCCAAAUCAAGUUUUGGGCCAGAUCUGUGGCAUCUAAUGUGCGUCAAGAGUGCUGA